AUGCAGCUCAGAGAAAGACACAGAUUUCUGCUAAACAGUACUUUUUCCACCUCUGGUCCUGUGUGGAUGAAGGAUGCGCUCCGUCCCGUCAGUCCUCUUCCUUGUUGCUGUUCUCCUCCCGGCCUCAGGAGCGUCCCGCGGACCCUCCCUCACGGCACCUGGAUGCUGAAGCUGGGGCGCAACAACCUGACGGAGAUCGGCAGCCACGCCUUCGUCGGCCUGUGGUCCCUGCGUGUGCUCGACCUGCAGGGGAGCCAGAUCCACCACUUACGGCCCAAGGCACUUUUCUCACUGUCCUUCCUGGAGAGGUUGGACCUGAGUUGGAAUAUGCUCACCUCAAUCCUGGUGGACUUCUCUUCCAGCCUGUCAGCGCUGAAGGAGCUGCGGCUGGAGCACAACUACAUCCAGGUCAUCCCUCCAAACAGCUUUGAGAAUCUGGACAACCUGGAGAAGUUGGACCUGAGCUACAACGAGCUGGAGGCUGUGGGCCCCGGGGUCCUGAAGGGUCUGUCCCGUCUGAGGCAGCUGUACCUCCAGCACAACAGGCUGAGUGUGGUGCAGCAGGGCAGUAUGGACAUGCUGCCAGGCCUCGAGGUGCUGCAGCUGAGCUACAACAACAUCUCUCAGAUCCACAGUGAUGCCCUGGCUCCUCUCUACAGUCUGGCUGUUUUAUCUCUGGAGGGAAACAAUCUUCACCACCUGAAGUUUAAGACGUUCAUAAGUCUGCACACCACGGCCACUCACAUCCAGCUCUCAGGAAACCCGUGGAACUGUGACUGCGAGCUGCACCGUGUCUUCAGUAAGAUCUUAUUUGUACGUUACCUUCACAUCGACGACUACACCAAUGUCACGUGUCACAAGCCGCCGCUGCUGGCCGGUUACUCUCUGGCCUGGGUGGACAGUCGGCUGUGCGUGGCCGAGACCGCCACCGUCCUGGUGAUCACGGUCACGGUGUUGGUGACGGUGGUGGGUGCCUUGGUGAUGGCCGAGAGGAAGCGCAAGAGGAAGGAGAGGGGUUCCUGCUACGGAGAGGCGCACGCACAGAUACAGAGUCCCAGUCACGCCCUCUGCUCAAAAUGA